AUGAGUCAGGAGCAGACCGAGUUCCGGCUCAAGCCGCAGCAACUUUCUGAGCUCCAUGACCCCAAGUCGCUCGCUGCCUUUUCGCAUCUCUUCGAUAAUGAUCCGGCAAACCUAUACACACUGCUACACACCGAUCGCAACCGUGGACUGGAUCUGGCGGGCCAGGAUGUAGCACAAUCGUCCCGCUACGAGACCUACGGCGACAACCGCAUCCCUCAGCGCAAAUCCAAGCCGUUCUGGAGGCUUGCCUGGGAGGCGUUUCAGGACCAAACCAUGAUCCUGCUGAGCGUCGCUGCCGUGGUAUCCUUCGCUCUGGGACUCUACGAGACUCUCGGCCAGCCCACUGAGUACGACCACGAGGGCAAGAAAAUCACCAAAGUCGACUGGGUCGAAGGUGUCGCCAUCAUGAUCGCCGUCCUUGUCGUCGUUCUCGUUGGCUCCGCCAAUGACUACCAAAAAGAGCGUCAGUUCGCUCAACUCAACGAGAAGAAAAGCGACCGUGAGAUCGUGGUUCUGAGAAAUGGAGACGAUCAUCUCAUCUCCAUACACGACCUGCUUGUUGGCGAUAUCAUCAGUUUACAAACCGGAGACGUGGUCCCCGCAGACUGCGUUCUCGUAGACGGCGCUUGCGACUGCGAUGAGUCUGCUCUUACUGGUGAAUCCGCAACCAUCAAGAAGGUCCCCAUCGACGUGGCAUUUGCCAAAUAUCAACAAUUAUCUAGCGACGAUGCCGCAAUCGAUAUUGGCGGUCGCUUCAAGGGCGAGAAAGUUGCAGAUCCAAUGCUUAUUUCAGGCUCCAAACUCCUCUCAGGGCUGGGACGAGCCGUAGUUACCUCCGUGGGUGUCAAUUCCAUUCACGGAAGAACUUUGAUGGCUUUGAAAGUUGAAAGCGAAUCUACACCUUUACAACAGAGACUUGACAGUCUCGCUAAUAGCAUCUCGGUAUAUGGGUCUGUCGCAGCACUGAUACUAUUCAUAGUAUUGUUCUGCCGAUUCUUAUCCAACUUACCUGCCGGUAAAAAAUUACACGAUUUGACCGCGGCUCAAAAGGGUUCCAAGUUUAUGAAUAUUUUCAUCACUGCCGUAACCGUUAUCGUAGUGGCUGUCCCAGAAGGUUUACCGUUGGCCGUUACUUUGGCAUUAGCUUUUGCCACUACCCGGAUGACUAAAGACGGUAACCUCGUUCGCGUUCUCAGAGCUUGCGAAACCAUGGGUUCUGCCACUGCAGUUUGUUCCGAUAAGACAGGUACCCUUACCGAAAAUAGAAUGACCGUAGUUAAAGGUUAUUUGGGACUUAGUUUCUUUGACGAAACCGAAUCUGCCGAUCGUAGCGAUGCGGAGAUAGAGGUGAAUGAAAUGUUGAACAAAGAGUGCACCGAAAACUUGAGAAAUAGCGUUUUAACCAACAUUGCUUUAAACUCCACUGCUUUCGAAAACAAACAAGCCGAAGAGGAACCUAAUUCUAACGAAAAUCCUUUCUACAAGUCUAACAAAUCUUUGUUUCCCUGGAGUCGUAAUAAUAAAGGUAAUGUGAUUGACAAUGACAUCCAAGUACAAAGAGAGCCUUUCAUUGGCUCCAAGACUGAAACUGCGCUGCUUUCAUUUGCCGUGAAAAAUCUAGGAAUGGAAGAUUUACACCGACUAAGAAAUGAUCCCCAAGAAUUGAAUGUCGAGAAAGUUGUACAAGUAAUACCAUUUGAAAGUUUCAGGAAAUGGGGCGGGAUUAUUGUCAGAUAUAAAGAUGGGUCGCAUAGAUUCUACAUCAAAGGUGCUGCAGAGCUGAUCUUGAAAAGAUGUAACCAGAGGACAAAUUCCAACGGAGAGUCAACUUUGCUUUGCAAAAAAGAUUUCGAAAGCGAAAGCCAAACAGUAAAGGACUUAGCAGCAGAAGCUUUAAGAACAAUCUCUCUGGCACACAGGGAUUUUCCAAGCUCUCAAAGUUGGCCUCCCAAAGAAUUGCAGGAUUCCGUUGACCCCAGAAUUGCUUCUCCGGAACUAAUUUUUGGCGAAGAGGUCUCAUUACCAGAAACUACCGAUGCUACAUCCGACAAGACAGUAACGACAUCCGACAACGGAUUAUGUCUAGAUGCUGUUGUGGGUAUACAAGAUCCUUUGAGAAAAGGUGUGAAGAGAUCAGUUGAACAAUGUCAAAAGGCCGGUGUCACCGUUAGAAUGGUAACCGGUGAUAACAUUUUGACCGCUACUGCUAUCGCCAAAAACUGCAGCAUCUUAUCUGCAGAAGAGGCAAACAAUCCUGAAAGUGCAAUGGAAGGUCCAGCUUUCCGCAAACUGUCUUCAAAAGAACGCGUCCGCAUUUUGCCAAAACUGAAAGUCCUCGCCAGAUCGUCACCUGAAGACAAAAGAAUUCUUGUCGAAACCUUAAAGAAAAUGGGUGACGUUGUAGGUGUCACUGGCGAUGGUACCAACGAUGCACCCGCCUUAAAGCUUGCGGAUGUUGGAUUUUCGAUGGGUAUAGCGGGGACUGAAGUGGCAAGGGAGGCUUCUGACAUAAUUUUGAUGACUGACGAUUUUUCUGCUAUCGUUAAUGCAAUAAAAUGGGGUAGAUGUGUUGCCAUUUCCAUUAAAAAAUUCAUUCAAUUUCAACUUACUGUCAACAUUACGGCCGUUAUUCUAACUUUUGUAUCAGCCGUUGCAUCUUCAGAGGAAUCCUCUGUCUUGACGGCUGUGCAGUUGUUGUGGGUGAACCUGAUCAUGGAUACUCUGGCCGCAUUAGCCUUGGCUACAGAUAAACCGGAUGAACAUAUUCUAGAACGCAAACCUAAGGGAAGGGAAGAGGUUUUAAUUGCCGUUUCCACUUGGAAAAUGAUAUUGGGUCAGGCUUCUUUACAACUCACAGUGACUUUCAUUCUACACUUUGCUGGAGCCAAAAUAUUUUUUCCACAUAAAGACGUUCUUACUGGCCAUGAACAGCAGCAAUUGGAUGCUAUGACUUUCAAUACAUUUGUAUGGUUGCAAUUUUUCAAACUAAUUGUCACAAGAAAGCUGGACGAAGCAGAUGGUAUCUCCAGAUUCCGUGACAGAGUAACCGCCUCCAAUUUGAACUUUUUUCAAGACCUAUUCCGAAAUUAUUACUUCUUGGCAAUUAUCGUGUUUAUUGGAGGAUUUCAAGUUCUCAUUAUGUUUGUUGGUGGUGCUGCAUUCUCUAUUGCAAGGCAAACAGGACCAAUGUGGGCUACCGCCAUAAUUUGUGGCCUACUAGCACUCCCAGUUGGUAUCCUCAUCAGAACUAUCCCAGAUGAAUGGGUUCUCAAAGUGUUCCCUGUCAGACUAGUCAACGCUAUCCUCUACGUUAUCGGUUUUAAAUUUUUGAAAAAAGCCCCCAAAAAAUCCGAAGACGAGGAGUCUUUGCUUCAACAAGAUGCCGAUGCGACACUAGUAAAUUCUUCUGCAUUUGAAAGGGCCAAAAAUGAGAUGGAAACGGUGAAAGAACAUGUUGGAAGAGGCGCUCAAAGAUUGAAUCCAAUUCACGCUUUCAAGUCGUGGAGACGCAGCACUUCAUCAGCAGGAUCUGAUCUCGAGGAGAAGUCAUACAUCGCCUCAGUUACCAUGGUUCCUACUCUUGUAGGUGGAGCUGUGGGUGGGUUUUCUCAUAUCACAAUGAAAGACAGUGACUCAGACAGAAAACCGCAUAAUGCGUAA